AAGGCUGGCUCCCAACAGAAAGAGUUAGACCAUUAAAUACUAUAGCUAACUGAAGUCUGUCAGCUCCAAUAUUUAGUGGAUGUAAGGGGUGUGAGAAAAACAUGAGAGGAUGUAAGUACUAUGGGGAGACCAGGUCCAGGUGUCACGAGUACACAGGAGGGUCAUAGUCGCCAAGUCCUGGGAGAGGAAUGAAGGCUUUGAAGGAAGUGGUGUUCCUUCUGCAAAGCUGCCAUAUUAACUCACAAACUGGUAUCAGCCGCUAUUAUGACAAUACCAAUGGACAGGGCUUAUGUGUGUAUGUUUGUAAGACUUAUCUAUGCUGUUGAUAAAACCUCAGUUACUGUUUUCUGAUCAUUUUUGUGUUUGUCUUUUCAGAUCUUGAUGAAUAAUAAAGCAGACAUAAUUCGUCUCUAGAAAGACUGCUUGUAGUGGCACUUGAAGUGCUUCUUAUUUAGAAUAGUAGUGAAAAUGGAAGAAGAAAAAGAUGACGGAAAACGAGACCAAGAGGAUUCCUUGGACUUUUCUGAACACUUCAACCAGCUUGAGUUGUUGGAAACACAUGGACAUCUUGUUCCCACUGGUUCUCAAAGUCUCUGGGUGGGCAGUUCUGAUGAAGAUGAAGAGCAAGAUGAGAGAAAGGAAGAGUGGUGUCAGUUCGAAGAAAGGAAACUGGAAAAAGACCCAAGCAAGCUGCUUCUGUGGGCUGCUGAAAAGAAUCGGCUUACUACGGUGCGGAGACUUCUUUCUGAAAAGGCCACUCAUGUGAACACCAGGGAUGAGGAUGCCUAUACCCCUCUUCACCGAGCAGCCUACAGUGGACACAUGGACAUUGUCCGCGAGCUGGUUGCACAAGGGGCGGAUGUCCAUGCAGUGACCGUGGAUGGCUGGACACCCCUGCACAGCGCUUGUAAGUGGAAUCAUGCCAGAGUGGCUUCCUUCUUACUUCAGCACGAUGCGGAUAUCAAUGCCCCAACGAAGGGCCUCCUGACCCCCCUGCACCUUGCCGCUGGGAGCAGGAACAGCAAGGACACCCUAGAACUCCUCCUGAUGAACCGUUAUAUCCAACCAGGCCUGAAAAACAGCCUGCAAGAAACUGCGUCUGACAUCGCCAGGAGGACAAGUAUCUACCACUACCUCUUUGAAAUUGUGGAAGGCUGCACAAAUUCUUCACCUCAAUCUUGACAGUGCUCAUAGUUUUCUUACGGUUCUAAGUACCGGUGCCUCCUUUGUGUGGUGUGAAAUGCUCCCAUUAUAUGAAGUGGACGUCAAACGUCUUCUCACUACAGAAAUCCAGUGAUGCUCAUUAUAAUGUUCUGAACUGCCUGACCUUGAUGUCAAAAUGUAUUUGAAAGUUGUUUGGAUAUAUCUUUAGUGAUUUCUGUGGAGUUUGUGGUUGUUAUCAGAAAUAAUUUUAACUUGCCUAUGCUUAAAAACUUGACUUAGGUUGUACAGAAACUGAUAUUUUUUGGUGCUGAUCCAAGAGAAAUGUAUUUUUAAAUACCCCAUAUCCUGGAUCUUUGUUGAGUAGUUAGUAUAUCGACAUAUAUUUUUAUCAGGUAACUUGGAAUUUAAUUUUAAAGUCUUAAGUAUUCUAGUGCAGCUCAGCUCUCUUUGCGUCGCCAUAGCCAGUUGGUUUCAUCUUCAACCAGAGGAGCUAACACUAGAGACUCGAACCUUUAUAAGUUAAAAAAAAACACCCAAACCCCAGUUCUGUGUCUUUUAAAACAGUUUCAGGAAAACUGUUAGCAAGGUGUUCUGUCCAUGAAAGUGGCACACACCUUCCCCUGCUGGAAUUCGCACAGUCUUGUGGCUGGUCCUACCUCACCCGGUCAACCUAUAAGAUCCUUACUCUAAUGGCGAGUCAGGAUUGCCUUAUAGACAUGCACACUACUGUACCUUAGUCCCAGAAAUCACAGCAUAUCUACUUUUGAAACUGGUUGUAUCUGCCUAGCUCUGCUGGUUUGGGCACUCUCACACCUUUUGCGUUGAUGGGAUUGUUGCUCUCCCACAGUCCUCAUUUUAUACAGACCACACAAAAAGGCAAAUGAUGAGGGUAAAGAAAUUCUAAGGCUGGAGGGAUGGUUAUUCUGUUGGGGCUAAAACCACAAUAUAGCUCAGGCUUAAACAAAAGCUGGAUAGUGACAGAAAGCAUAAAUAUAAAUAGUCAAGGAAAAUAAAUUACAUGUUUUGAACAACA